GGGCGAGCGACGGGAGCCGCGUUCGAGUGCACUUUGGCGAGCCGAGGGGCCCGCACGAGCAUCGUCACAGGCGGAUUCGAGAGCGCGAAAAGGGGCCGCGCGCGGAUGGACGCGUCGCAGCCGGUCUACUGGGAGGAGGGCCCCGCCGGGCGGCGGGCGCCGUUCCAGAGUUGCAACCCCCACGAUGAGACGCAUCGAUUAAAGGAAGAAAACUCACUGUACAAUGAUACGAAUUUGAAUUUCAAUACAGCCGCUUGCAGCGAGGACGACUACGAAUACGCCGGGGGCGGCUACAAGAAGAGCAAAUCCGCUAGGCAAGACCCGAUGUCGCAUCGGAUCAUCGAGAAGCGCCGAAGGGACAGGAUGAACAAUUGCCUGGCCGAUUUGUCCCGACUCAUUCCCGCCGAGUACCUGAAAAAGGGCCGCGGGCGCGUCGAGAAAACCGAAAUCAUCGAAAUGGCCAUCAAACACAUGAAGUACUUACAAAGCGAACACGGAAAUCCCACCGAUCACUACCGCUUGGGCUACCAAGAGUGCAUGUCGGAGACCAUGCGCUUCCUGGUGGAGAUCGAGGGCCACUUCCCCAGGGAGCCGUUCUGCCUGCGGCUGCUCGACCACCUGCAGGCGCACGGCGAGCGCGUCGCGCGCCCCUCCGCGUACGGCGGGGGCGGCGUCGCGACGCCCGCCAGUCGCGGCUCGCCGGCCGGCGAAUACGCGGCGGCGGCGUUGCCGCAGGACCGGAACAACAACGAGUCGGAGGCCGGCGCGAACAACGGCGAGUACUGCAAGAACGCCGAAGCGCCGGGCGCGGCGUCCUACAAGUACAAGACCAACAUCAAGCUGAGGUUCAGCCGCGACACGAACGGGACGGCCGGCCGGAGGAUCGGGAACGAACGAAGGGGGUCGAUGAAUAGCGUGGAAAACAGGAGUUCCAGUUACGGGUCUCCACCGAGCGGGGAAGCCCACACUAGAGCAUCGGAAAGCGAUUUUACGCAAGGAAGAUCCCCAUCGGGUAGUACCUCAUCUGUAAUCACACCGAAAUUAGAACCACCAGCUAACGACUCCCUACAAAUCCACGCAUCGGGCAGGUCAUCGAGCCCCCCUCUGGCGCCGAAAAACCCGCCGCCGAAGCGCCACCCGGGCGCCGCCGGUGCCGCCGCCGAGCGGAACUUCGACGUGCCGAUAUUCGCGUUGCACGCGAAGCGCUCCCACUACGUGCCGCUGGCGGUGGAGUACAGGGCGCUGGCGCCCUACCUGGGCGAGGGCGAGCUGCUGGAGGGCGCCGCGACGGACGCGCUGCACCCGGUCACGAUCAACGUGCGGUUCGCGCCGAGCUGCGUCGGCGGCGGCUUCGGGGAGGCGGGAGGGAAGUGCAGGGGCUACUGCGAUUGGACGUAGGGGGGGCGCGGGCGUGCGCGCUGGUGCUACAACGAGGCUGUGAUAAUCAGGGGAUGUUUGCAAGACUGACGUGUACUGUACUCUGUUUGAAAACUAGGAGGAGCGAUUUGAAUUUAAGUUGGCAACACUCGCGUUUGUUUAUUGGUUAAUUACUAAUCAAGUUCACGCUGUAAAACUGGUUUACCACCUUUUUGAGGUUAUGUUUUAGAAGUAUUUAAUAUGUCCUAUUUGGGUGAUUUGUUAAUUCAUUCCUUCUUUUAAUAUAAAUAUUGUGAGUUAUUGUGAGUUUAUUUGCAGCCUUGCAAAUUUUCUAGUAACUUUUUUGGGUGUGAAUCUGGCUUUUUAAAAUGCUCCACCUAGUUUUUAAAUAGAGUAUAGGGUGUUUUACAGUGGCGUGUCUCGAUGUAAGUAGUUUUAUUUGUUGAAUAAUAAACGGAUGAUUUUAGUUUUUAAUAAUAUAUUUUUUGUAGUAAAAACAAGUAAAAAACGAUAUAUUUCGCCAGGAAAAAUUAGAUUGUCGUACAAAUUCCACGAAACUUUCGCUAAAUUAGAGAUCUUAAAGUUGAUUUAAAGCGAUCCAAACUUUUUUCCCAGUGUAUUUAUUUCAAACAUCAAACGUAUUAGGCGACUAUAAUCGAUAUUAUUAAAGCGAUUCCAUUAGAAUAAAAAUGUUAAAUGAAUAUUCGUACUCUUCGAAAUAUUUGGAUCACUUCCUGAUGGAUUUGCUGACAACGACACGUCUGGAUCUCGGCCAAAUCAAUUUGCAAUAUAAGCUAUGAGUGCAACAAAGACAACUUCCGUUAGGAAGGAAAAAGAAAGGGGGAUAUUGUGUGAUUUCAACUUUCUUACUCUAAUUAACUGUUAUUUUAAUAAACUUUCUUUGUUCAACUCAUAAAAUUGGCAAUAUUGCAAACAGAUUAAGUAUCACGAGCCAGACGAGCCAUUGCUUCGGCAUCUAAUUAAAAAAAUUAAAUAUAAAGAAACAAACUAAUUAAUCGAUUUUUCUAUUAGUUACUCAAACGAAAACAUUUCAUAUAUUCUAUAUAUUUGCGUUUAUAUUUGAAUUAAUUCGCUAAGUAUCCUGAAUAUACAAAAAAAUGCCUAGCUAUACUCUGCUUUAUGGACAAAAUAUACAAUUAAUUACGAAAAUGAAAUGAGAAGAAUGAGUUAAAAGAGUUAGAAAUAAAUAAAUGUACUCUCCCAUAAGACUAGCGAAAAAUGUACUAUAAUAAUUAAAAAACAAUCACAAAUAAACGUAUUUUCAGGACACUUUUAAUAAUAAUAAUAAUAAACAAAUUAAUACACAAUUAUGUAUAUUUACUUUGGAAGAGUUCACUUUCGACUUUGGUUAGUACGAGAUAAUUAAAUAUGAUUUUGUCGCGGCGACAUUUUUCAAUUAACUGUUUACAAACAGAACGAAAAUAAAAGCAAACUUUCCUACGUUAUAAAAAUCGUAAUAUAAAUUAAUAAAUAUUACAUUAAUUGGGCAGGUGAAUAACGAUGAGUGGCGGGUACGCACGAACACCUAUCAGACAAGCUCGUGCGCAAAUUUAAGGCACAAGAGAGAAGAAACACCGCCUACUAGAAUAAUCGCGUUAUUACUGGGUCAACAUUUUCGUUAAUCGUUUACUACUGUACGAAGUUCUUGCGGGUAUUUGCCUAAAAAUUUUUUCACAAAAAAAUUCGUUAUCACUGUUAAAUACGAUAUGAUUUUUUUCCACCAAUUACGAGCCUUUUAAAUAUUACAAACGGGUCAUGUAAAGCUCUUAAGAAAAAAAUUAUGGCGAAUUACGCACAACAGAAGUCUAACUUCUUCAGUCGAUUUUGAGAUAUACUCUAAUUACGUGUAAAUAAAUCAUCGAUGUACUAUUGAAAUUAUAGCCAUAAAUUUCCUCUUCUCAUGAAAAUCAAUUAGUACAUUUAGGAAAUUACAGUUAGGCCUGGGCGAUAAGUUACCUUUGAAAUGACAGCGGCUUUAGUAUUAAUAAUCUACUCUAAAAAUAUAUAAUCUGUUAAAAAAACCACACGAAUCAAUACGAAAUAUAAAAGAUUCUAUUUACUACAAGACGCUCCAUUAAAAUUGUCAAAAUCGAUCAAUUUCAGUGAGAAAACACAACUUUUAUAUUUCAUGUUAAUUCGCGAAUUUCGGCAAACCAAAUAAGAAGAAUAAUUGAGCAAUUCUCUUAUAAAAACAGGAACUUCGAUUCCUCAAUAAUACAUAAAUCUCAUCUUAUAAAAAGAAUCGAACAAAGCUCAUAACAAUCGUUAGAUUUACAAGCAUCGAAUAUCUAUUCAGAGUAUCACAAACUUAUUCCGACGCGGCUUUUACUCCCGAUUGAAUGGAAAAUCGAAGAAAUUAGACUCGUUGUAAUUACCUCAAAUUACCGCUACGAGGAGCCGGUAUUCUAGAGCCGGUAGCUGGCCUUGGAAUGCUAGAGGGACGUGGCAAAUAACUAGGCUUCGGCAGGGGCUUCACGAAAGUCUCAUCUACGCCUAAAUGUUCUUUAGA